UUUAGUGACGUCAAGGGAUCACUGGAACGUUGGCAGCUCCAGGGCCCUGUAGGUCAUAUAAAAGCCCAGGGACAAGGGGAGAGAUGGUGGGAGGGUAGAAGAGGCGAGAUAAGAUACCCACACAGAGGUGUUUAUUUAAGUGGUGUCAUGUCUCUGGCACAUACUGACAACAGGGUCCAACAGAGCGGUCUGCGUCUCAGAGGAACACAGACACCCCAGGACUUUGGAGAGAAGGGCUUGAAUAAACGAAAAUAGUCGUGUCUCCCGCCCUGCCUUGUGACAGAGGGAUUAGCAGCGUCUCCACUCUUUUCACGCCUUUCGUCUGGGGAGAGGUUUUGCCGAAACGAUGAGUAAGCAGGCGACUUUGGCCUCUUGCAUUGCCAAGAUGUACGAGGGAGGCAAGCUGGAUAAUGGUGGAGCGCCGACAGGAGCUGUGAAGAAGCCCAGCAGCAACCUCCUGUCCAGCUUCGGUGGCGUGGAAAUCAAGCUCAGCCUGCUGGAGGGCAAGGUGGAGCAGAUCGCCAGCGGCCAAGCCGAGGUGGUGCGCAGGCUGGACACCGUGUGUGAGGGGCUGGGAGCCCUGGGGAGGGACCUGGCACAGCUGAGGCAGGGUCAGUCACGGACACCCUCCGAGGGCACACUGCUGGCAGAAGUUAGGGCGCUUUGUGGAGAGACGGUGGCACUUUUGAAGGGCGUGCAGGAGGAGGGCCGCUGCCAGCGGGUCAAGAUGGAGGGCAUCGCCAGCUCAGUGUCUGCGGUGGAUAAAGUACUGGCCUACGUGGGCGAGGUGUUCCGCAGCUCCAAGAUAGUGGAGUUCAUUCUGAAAGGCAUUGUACCCUGGGGGAGGCAGGAGGAGCAGUCCAGGGCAGAGGUGGAGAAAACUAAAUCAGAGGAUGGCAGUGUGAAGCAUAAACCUGAUCUGUGUGAUCAAGGAACACAGGUCCAGGAGGACAUUCAAGAUUCUGUACCGGAUAAACACCAGCAGGGUGAGAAGAGUCAAGUACAGAGCCUGAACGUGCCUGCUAAGUCUCCUGAGUCAGAAGUUGUUUUACCAGAGGUCAAAGGUCAGGAUGCAGAGUGCAAGGUGGGCGCUCAACCUUCCAGUGAGGCGGAAGAAUCCAGCAAAGCCCAGCGGCGGCAGAAGGAGGUGACGCUGAAGAGCAGAGAGCCCACCAGGGUCCAGACCUUUGCUCCAGAGGUGCAGCAGGUGUUGGCCAUCACAGAGGCUCCUAUUGAGGCUGUUGUGGUAUUGAUCGAGGAUGAGACUGUAGCCACGGUAUUGGCUAUUAUGACUCCACAGGCAUUGUCAGUUGGAGAGGAAGCAAGCGCCAAAGAGGGAAUAGACGUUGCGGUGGACGGUAGCGACAUCCCUCCACAACCAAGCCAAGAGGAAAAACCACUAAGAUUUGAUGAGGAGGAAUUAACAACUCAGUCAAAGCUGCAGGAAGCGGUUCCCCGAGAAGAACCGAAGCCCCCACCAGAGGCGAGCGGAGCCAAGGCGGAUAAACCCAGCACUGAGGCAGAUGAGGCAGGGUCCGCACCAACUGUUCCUGAACCACAAUUAGACCAGGUGCAAACAAAACCUGUGGACAAAGUCCAAGACAAACCCACGUUAGCUACAGUGUCAGAAACGGUUGAAGACUGCACAAAAGCAACUCCUCCGCAACCACCUGUGACUGAGAAAAACUCACUGCUUAGUCUUCUGGGCAAGGAUUCAGAUUCACAGCUAUUGGUCAUAGAUGACUGCCCUCCUCAAGCUGCUCCCUUUCUCCACCGUAUCGUAAGUGCCAAGCAAGUACCCAUGGGCUCCUACUACAGUGUCAAACCUAACGAGAUCCUGGGUGGCGGUCGCUUCGGCCAGGUCCAUAAGUGUGCAGAACUGUCAUCAGGACUUACCCUCGCGGCCAAGAUCAUCAAAGUCAGAGGGAUGAAGGAAAGGGAUGAGGUGAAGAAUGAGAUUGGAGUCAUGAAUCAGUUGAACCACGUGAAUCUGAUUCAGCUCUAUGAUGCCUUUGAGUCAAGGACAAACCUCACUCUCAUAAUGGAAUAUGUGGAGGGAGGUGAACUGUUCAACCGCAUUGUGGAUGACAACUACCUACUGACCGAGCUGGAUGCAAUUGUUUUCACAAGGCAGAUUUGUGAAGGAGUCCAGUACCUUCAUCAGCAGUACAUACUCCAUUUAGACCUCAAGCCGGAAAAUAUUCUAUGUGUGACCAACACAGGAAACCAGAUCAAGAUCAUUGACUUUGGCCUGGCCAGGAAAUAUAGGCCCAGGGAGAAACUGAAGGUCAACUUUGGCACGCCUGAGUUCCUGGCACCAGAAGUGGUCAACUACGACUUUGUCUCCUUCCCUACAGACAUGUGGAGUGUUGGAGUCAUCACUUACAUGCUUUUAAGUGGUCUGUCCCCGUUCUUGGGGGAUAACGACGCAGAGACCAUGAACAACAUCCUGCAUGCAAACUGGGACUUUGAUUCAGAGGCCUUUGAGAAUGUGUCAGAGGAGGCUAAAGACUUCGUCUCCAGACUGCUUGUUCCUGCCAAAUGCGGUCGCAUCAGUGCAUCAGGGUGCCUGAAGCACAGCUGGCUGAAUGACCUGGAGGAGAAAGCCAAGAUACGGUGCGUCCGCCUCAAGUCCCAGCUCCAUCUGCAGCGAUACCUGGCUGCCCAUCGGCAAUGGAAGAAACACUUCUAUGUGGUCGCAGCUGCCAACCGUUUCAAGAAGUUUAACAUGAACCGAACGACGAACCCUGCAUAGCACCGGCUCUGCCACGUGUCACGGAGAGAAAACGGGAACACAAAGCCGCAGCGUGGCUUUGUCUGAUGUAGGAAAGUGUUUGCUUUUUCAUGUGCAAUCUGGCCAGACAAGGCGGACAUUACUGCACUGAGGCUCCAGUAUGCAGCAAGCACAAGCGGACACUGACUGUAACGUGUAUUAUUUCAAUCCCUUUUUUACUGUACAGUUCACUGAUUUGCAGGGUGAGAACACUGUGCCUGACAGGUCAGAUUUGAUUAUGGGGUGCCACAUGUGUUAAUUGUAUAGUGCUACUUUAGUCCUCAAAUGACUACCUGGUAGUCAUGAGUAGGUGGGCAUAAAAGAGGAAGUCUCUCCACGUCGACAUUCAUGUACCAUGUUUGGAAUGCAGUGCAAUGUUUACCUCACAUAUCUGUCUUCCUUCACCUCUGGUAAUGUAUGGAGGGGCAUCACAAUGCUGUUGGAUGGCGUUGUGUGGGUGAACAUUUUUUCCUUCUGUGAAGGUUUCCUACUUUUCUAGUCAAUGGGUAAUUUCAAGGGACUUAUGCAGAUUUAUCCCUGCAUUCAUGAAUUACUAAAGUCUUUUGGGUUGUUUCACCUUCAGAUAGAUUAACUGAAGCUAUUCACAUCAAAAUAAUUUGUAUAGGAAUCUUAUGCACAUACUGUAAAUGCAUUCAAUAUUUGAAAGAAAUGCACUUAAAACAUGCACACCUCUUCCUUUAGGUUGUGUAGAAAUAUGAUUUAGUAUACAUACAUUUAGUAGACAUUUUCAGUCUGUUUUUUUUUAAUCCACUUUCACCAUUUUGAAUAUAUUCUGCAGAUGUCUUCCUUUUCAUUGUAACUUUUCCUAGAACUAUAUUUGCAGCAGGUCUAUCUAAGCAGCCAAUUAAACAUUACAUGAGAGAACAUCUGGGA